UCUUGAUGAUAACGCCGAGAGCAGAUGAUUCCAUAUUGGCGAUCAAACCUGAAAUCGUGAGAAAUGUCAGCACCAACGGGCAAGGAGUUGGGGGUCGCUUAUGCGACCGCCGGAGAAGUAUAUGCAGCUGCUGUCAUCUUGCCUGCCUUGGGGAUAAUUUCCUUAGCGUUUCGUUGGUAUCAGCGAUAUCGUCGGCGACAAGGGAUUGGUAUCGAUGACUGGCUUAUGGUACCUUCGUUGCUUUUUACAAUUGGCAUGGGCAUUAUGCUAUGUAUUGGUCAGUGAGCGAUAUUAUCUCGGCUCGAGGGAAGAAUCUUAUAUGAGUUAGGUGUUCAUGGAAAGGCCAUCGGCUAUCCUACUCCCUAUGAGCCCAACUUGACCCAUGAAGAGAAGAUGUACAUUGUCAACCCGACUAUCAGAUUAAUGGGAGUGGUACAAUUCGUGGUCAUCUUUCUCCUCGCACUUGCAUCUGGAUUCCUCAAGCUCAGUAUUAUCUGCCUCUACAGACGUAUCUUUGUCUCCGUGCUAUGCGGAUCUAUUUUCGACUGGAUCACCAUAGCAGCAUUGGUGAUUGUCGCUGCUUGGAUGGUCACUUUUGUUGUCGCUACUACAUUAACAUGUGGCGUCCAUGUUGCAGUGAAAUGGGGCAAUCUUGCAGACAAGAACCAAUAUUGUGGCAUGGACCUGGAUAUCGGUAAUGCGUUUGUGAUCAGCGAUUCAGUUACAAAUCUCUUGAUAUGGCUGAUGCCAAUGCCGAUGAUAUGGAGGUUGCAUAUGAGCUGGCGUAGGAAACUAGCUGCUGUAGGUAUUUUGAUGAUUGGAUCAAUUUCUGUCAUUGCAUCCAUCAUCAAGAUUGUCGUAGGUCUUGAAAUCGCUGGCGGUGGGUUAAGUGCAGACGUUGACGAGGACUUGACCGUUUCAACAAUCCUAUAUUGGUGCAUGAUUGAAGCCGGUUUGGCCAAUCUUGCUUCAAAUCUACCCCUCUUCCGAGGGUUAUUCAAAGAUACUUCAUUGAACGGCUUUUUCAGCAUCGUUCGGAGCUCAAUCAGUUUAUCAUCACUACGUCAAUCUUCAAAUAGAGACUCGAAAACUGAAGAGCAAGAUUCUACUAGAGUAUAGGCUAUAUAAUAUAUACUCUCGUUCCUGGUGCCAGAUUCUUACCUUAGGAAUACCACAUUAUAGCGCACUUGAAAGUUACUGCCACGUAGGUAGCAACAACAAAUCGAUUACCCAAGAGUCUGAAUAUUUACC